AUGUAUUAUUGGAUCGGUUAUGAAGUUACUUCUGCCAUCUAUGCAUCUAUAAUAUGGACAUGUCUUUUGAUUACUGGAACUAGAUUUUACCGUGAAACUAGUUUGAAGGAGCCUUUGUUGAUAUUUAGUAUUCUUUCAUUAAUAGCUUUAAACGCUAUAUAUUGGGUAACCGUUAUUCUCAACUUGAAGCAAAUGAAAGAUCAACCGGAUUUGGUCAUUUUAAUAUUUCAAGCUAUAUUAUGGAUGAUAUGUGGAAUGUGUUCUUUUAUUUAUACUUUUACACCAAUUUUAACCGUUCAUUUUAAUCACAUUGGUUUAAAGGCAAGGUUUGAUGUUGAAAUUAAUGGUGACAUAAAUUCUCCUAAAGAUGAAAAUGAUAAUGUCACUGAAAAUUCUUUUGACACCAUUCCUUCUAUCCAAAAUUUAAAUGAUUCAACUGGACAAAAAUAUUCUAUUAGUUCUCGGAAUGCCGCAGUAGGAUCCUGGUAUAUGAUCACUAUAGGUUUCUUAACUUUAGGUUAUGCAACUUUUUACAUAAUCGUUUUUAUCACACCUCCAUUUGUACCUUAUCAUCCGAUCACAAAUUCAGUGGAUUUUAUGCUUAGAACUGUUUAUUUGGGAGUUUACGGCAUACCCCCAACAAAAUGUUUACUACAUUGGGUAGCUAGAAAUGUGUUAGGAAUGAAAGGAAAUUUAACUUCAAUCAAAACGUCUGGAUCACAUUCUGAUAAUAAUAAUAAUACCAUGGCAUAA